CUCCAGCCAAAUUAUGCACAUUCCGCUCCUCGCUCCACUCCAGCUCCACUACUCCACUCACAUCCUCUGAUUCACAUGGCACCAACGGAAACCCUUGUUUUUGUCUUCUGUUGCAAAACCUUUUGCUAUGUAUUAAUACCGCGUGCAUUAAUGAACUGUCUUCAUCUGGUGUUCUACCGGGUUUCACCUGGUAUUUUGCUUGGUUUUUCACCUGGUGUUGUACCAGGUAAGCGUGAUCGGUAUCCUGACUACAGUGAGGGCAGCGCGGCUGGAGCGGAGAGCAGACGGUACUCUAACGACUCCACCAAGUCAGAAAGUUUACUUCACAAACCCUGGAGACAGAAACCCAGGAGUUCGCCCACCCCUGCAUACCCACCAAACAUAGACCGACUGCCACAGGGUCUCAGACACAGAGAAAGUAGUAGUAGCUGGCUGUGCCAGAGCCCCUACAUUGGCGUCCCCUCAAAGGGCGCACCCCAACUCCCCAGCCCCUCCAUCACUUUCAGCGACUCCUCAGCCAGCCUCACCCAGAGGAAAGCCAAGGCUCUUGGUCCCGAGUUUAUCCGAAUGGCUGACGAACCCCAGGUAGUUCUGGAGCUACCCGGAUCCAUAGUGUCUAAGAAGGGAAGGUCUUGUUCGUCCCAGAGAGAGGUCAUUGUGGUGUUGCCCAGUGGUCAGUCUGUAUUGGUCAGAUGUGACAUAAAGUCUAGAGGGAGGGAUGUGUUUGACAUGGUGGUGGCUCACGCUAACCUGGUGGAGCACUUCUACUUCGGACUGGCCUACAUCGACGAUGAUGAAUAUUUCUUCUUGGACCAUGAGACGAAAAUCUCUAAAGUUGCUCCUGACAGUUGGAAGAAAGUAGUGUCGACCUCUUUUCUUGUUUUUCUAAGGAUCAAGUUUUUUGUCGAUGAUAUCUCCUUCAUAUUACACAAGGUGACGCUUCACCAGUACUACUUGCAGCUGCGGAAGGACAUCCUAGAGGACAGGUUGUACUGCAACGAGGAGACAGGCAUGUUCCUGGCGGCUCUUGCUCUACAAGCUGAGUUUGGGGACUACAUGUCUGAGUUGUAUGGCAGGAACUACUACCAGCUGGAGCAGUUUGUGUCUAAGAGGAUGCUGGAGAAGAUGGCUCUGCCCAAUCUAAAGGAGGAGUUGUCACGGUUACAUGCCAACAAUGCCGAGAUGCUGCCAGAGGAGGCAGAAACCGAGUACCUAAAAAUCGCCCAGCAGCUUCCAGAGUAUGGGAUGGUGUUCCAUCGGGUAGGCCGGGAGAAGAAGCCGGUGGUGGGGGAGCUGGUGCUGGGAGUCUGUGCCACAGGAAUCAUCGUCUAUGAGCUGAAGAACCACCUCCGCACUGUCACACGGCGAUUCCUCUGGAGGGAGACCGAUACCAUCUCCGCCAACCAUCGUAAGCUGACCAUAGAGUGUGGUGGUCCCAGUGGUAAGAAGCACAGCUUUGUAACAGAGAGUUCUAAGAUUGCGCAGUACCUCCUUAGUCUCUGCUCCGGGCAGCACAAGUUCCACAGCGAGAUGAGUUCCAGGCAACUCAGCCACAGCAUCGCUCAAGAUGAGAACAUUGACAAGUACCAGUCUAUUUGUCGGACCAGUGACUCCCGUAUGAAGCGUCUUUCAUGUUCUGAGGUUGUCCUGAACAGCGUAGAGUUACCAUCCAACCUCGGCCACCGCGAGUCAUUAAGUAAGUCGUGUGAUGACAUCACGGCGAAGGUGGAGGCGCGUCUAAGGCAACAGAGAGAGUUGAGGGAAAUGAACAGAGAUCUACCCGAGCCAUGCCCACUGUCAGAGAUGAAGGAACAGCAGGCCUGGAGUCCUCCAGAGCCCAUCCCCAGAAUCAUGUCCAAUCCCAUGCUACAGAAACAUGACUCCACAACCUCCUCUAUACAAGUAGACACUCCAACCAGGGGUUCUCCAGAGAGAGAGAUCAUCAGUCUGGUCCUAAGGAAAGACCCUAAACUGGGCUUUGGGUUUGUGAUAGUGGGGGAGAACAGCACAGGGAAACUGGACCUGGGAAUCUUCAUAGCCUCCAUUGUACCUGACGGACCAGCAGACAGAGACGGCAGAAUCAGACCAGGUGGUCGUCUGAUUUCUCUAAAUAAGAUCAGUCUGGAGGGCGUGACGUUCACUGACGCAGCAGUCAUCCUCCAGAACAGCCCUGAUGAGGUGGAGCUCAUUGUCUCACAGCCCAAAUAUUCUCUGAGAGACAGUAAGACUUCUCUGGCCCCCAGUACCCUGAGUCUGAUGUUGGAGAGGGGCAUUGGGUGCCAGACCACCCUGGGUGGAACAGAAUUCCAACCAGCCAUGGAGGAGCUGGAGGAUGCACUGGCUCUGUCUAACAUGGCCACACCUAAACAUGGCAAGAGACUCCACAUCCCUGUGGUCCGGAUCCUGGAUGCUCAGGAGGUGCGUUCCAGGUCUCCCUCUAUCUGCAGUCUGAGAGCCAGGGAACAGCUUGUGGUGGAGCUGAAGAAGGCCAACGGCAGCCUGGGCAUAAGUGUAGCUGGUGGCAUGAACACCUGUGUUCGUUACGAGGGGAUAUACAUCAAGAGUCUGGUGCCAGGGGCCGCUGCUGAGCAGGACGGGCGCAUUCAGAUAGGUGACCGACUGCUGGAAGUUGAUGGGUUCAACCUACGAAGUGUAACACACAAACAGGCCGUGGAGUGCCUGAAGAAGACUGGAGAGGUGGUGAGUCUGCUUUUAGAGAGGGAGCCCCAGGUGGUGUUGGAGGCGGGAGCGAAUCGCCCCCGCUCAGCUUCACAGAGCCAAUCAGGAAGUCUCAGGAGAGACAGCUCCAUGGUGAUGACCUUGAGUGGCAAGACCAAGGACUACAGCUUUGUCACUGAUGACAACACUCUGAAGGUGCUGUUGAAGAAGAGCCUGUGUGGUUUGGGCUUCAGCUUCUACAUCAGUGAGUUGAACAGUGGUUGUGACCAGGGCAGCAGUGUGGUGCGGAUCAAAACCCUUUUCCAGGGUCAACCAGCCCAGGAGUCAGGACAGAUCAGAGAAGGAGACGUCAUAUUGGCUGUUAAUGGACAAUGGGUUAAAGGCCUCAGCUACCAGAGGGUGUUGUUCCUGCUCCGUGGGCCUCCGUCUGAGGUCCACCUGACUCUCUGCAGACCUGCUCUUGGAGUACUGUCUCAACUGGAUGCUGACACACUGGUUCCUUUCUUGUCUCCAACCCGUGGGGUGAGGUCCAAGUCUCUAGACAUCAGGCUAGAGGAAGAUUAUAGCCAGCUGCUCAAGCUACAGGCAUACCAGAACCAUCAGUACAACCAGGAUAACCAGGCCCAGAAGGAGCCAAUGCAGACAUUACAAGCCCAGGACCAAGCCUCCAGGCAGGCCAGCCAAACAGACAAAUCCCCUGAGCCCUCUGGAGGUCCGAAGACUCAACAGAGUCAGGAUAGUCAAGACAGUGAGAUGGAUGCAGCCGAGAACCAGCCCUCCUCACCAUCUCCCACCCCUUCCUCACCCCCUUCCCCCAUCUCCCUCGCCAGCAGAAGUGAUGCAGGAGACAGUGAAGAGUUGUCGGUUGUGGACGAGGAAGUUUCCGAAGAAAUUAGCUCGGCAUCUGUCGGGGCCAAGACUAGUACUAGUCCCGUGUACACCAGUGGCAUCAGAGAAGAAGCGGACGGCAGUUUAACAUACUGCCUUAUGGGUGAUGGAAUAACCAUUCUGGCUGAUAAAGAGUACUUGACCAUCAGUUCGACUUCGGAGAGUCCCUCUAGCCUCACCUCAAACACCUCAUGUACCCCCAGUGUGGCUCCACACACUACCUCUCAUACCCCCAGGAACAGAUCCACCCUCCCUACUAGGGUCCGAUCCACCACCCCCAAAAGUACUUCCAUCCCCCACAGCUUGUCCUCGCAAACCACAAGCUCAACAAACCCCAAUUUGUCAUCGCAAACCACCUCUGUCCAGCAGACACCAUCUCAGCCCUCCUCUAAGCCUACAUCCAGCCUUUCCUCUAGGAUGUCUGACCUCAACAUCAGCCACUCGGUGCAUCCUCUCCAGCCCCAGCAUGCUACACCUCCUCUUCUCAGCCUCUCCUCCCAUACCUCCAACCCCAAUUCCAGGACCUCCGAUCGUAAACACAGCAUCACCUCCGAUCGUAAACACAGCAUCACAUUCAAGACUACCAAUGCCUCCAACAUCACUCGUUCAGUCAUCCAAUACCAUCCCCAACCCCCUGACACAUUGCCCCCCUCGCAACCCCCCGCACUCCACCCCUCUCCCCAGCCUCCCUUGUCCUCACUCUCUCCCCCAAUUCAGGCUGCACCUCUCCCACACACACACCCUACCUGGAGACAGGAGACAGAAGGGGAGGACGAAGAUGAGGAUGAGAAUGAGGAGGAUCCCAGAAAAGGCAUGAUGAAGGAAUUUGAGAUGUGUGUGGUUCUGACCAAGUCGUGGAGCGGUAGUUUUGGGUUCACCAUCACACGCAGCAAACUGGAUGCCUGCUACUACAUUCAGGACAUACUGGACAACCCUGCUAAGACUGACGGACGGCUCAGACCAGGGGACAGACUAGUCACGGUCAACAGCCAGGAUAUGACGAAUGUGACAGAUGAGGUUGCCAUGUCGAUCCUGAGGUCGUCUCCUAGGAGACUGAGUUUGAUCCUGGGGAGGGCGGUGACCAACCUGAUAGCUCCACCUUUUCCAGACAGCCUGCAAGACAUCAUACUGUACAAGACACCGACUGGACAGCUUGGUAUAAAGCUGACGGGUGGUAUAGGCAGCAAAUGGCAGGGGAUCUACUGUCUGGAGGUGGUUCCUGGUUCACCUGCCUGUGAGGAAGGCAGCGUCCAACCAAACGACAGGAUCCUGUACAUCUGUGGCCGAUGCACCAUGGGAAUGACUCUGGAGGACGCUGUCAAGGCCUGCGAGAACGCUCCACGCAAAGUGAAACUCAAGGCCACCAGAGAUGACCAGCCUGUGACUCCCAAAGCCAAGAGUAAUGCUAAAGCCGUGCCCGAGACCACUGGGAAAUUCAGACCACUUCUCUCUGUCACCUCCGAUCAAGACAGCUGUAUCUUGCAAAUAUAUGUGUGUAAGCCAGAGAGAGGGGGUCUGGGCUUUGCUCUGAUUGGAGGAUGCAACGGAAGCGCGCUCAGAGUGAAGGAGAUCUGCGCUGGAGGCGUGGCGCAGCAGGAUGGACUGCUCAGAGUGGGAGACAUACUGCUUGAGGUGAAUGGUAUAAUAGUAUCAGGUCUGAGCCACUGUAAGGUGGUGGAUAUCCUCCGUCAGGCUGAGGGAAACAUCCAACUCACAAUCUGUAGAGACAUACCACGGGCUAACACAGCACCCUGCACUGAUGCAUUCUUCUCUAUGGGCUUCCCUGGAGACAACAUGGCCGUCUGUCCUGGAUCCAAUAUGGCCUCCUGUCCUGGAUCAGCAUCCAAUAUGGCUUCCUGUCCUGGAUCAAAUAUGGCCUCUUGUCCUGCAUCAAAUAUGGCAUCUUGUCCUGGAUCAAAUAUGGCCUCCUGCCCUGAAGUCAACAUGGCUACCAGCAAUGGAUCCAACAUGGCAUCCUGCACUGGAUCAAAUGUGUCAGUCUUCAUCGAAGCCCGUAUGUCGAACAAAGCCGAACCAUACUACAACCCUUCUGCAUGCUCCUCACCUGAUGUCCAGCAGGACCUUGCCCCUGAGGGGACUUCUGAUCCAGUACCUGAUGUAGAGGAGGACAUUACCCCCCGUUUACCCCCCGACCCCUCCUAUCACCCCUCACUUCGCCUGCGGGCCCUCACAGAAGAGGACAUGGCUGGACAGGAGAGCUGUAACAGUAAACCCUCUCAUCCGGCUUGCUGCCUGUCCAGCAAGAGUAUGACUAACUUGCUCCAUGAAGCCUCGGACAGGAACCAAAUCCCUGUGAUGCCAUUGGACGAAACCAUGAUGGGCAGCAAGAACAGCCAAUCAGACGGCUGGAGCAGCGAGGAUGAGGAUGAUGAGACAUUUGAAGCUCAAGGUCAGGAGACCAUGUCAUCUUUCUCAGGUCCACCUAUAGUAUCAGAAGAAGAGUUGGCCAGCCUAGCCAUGAUCAGUCCAGCUAAGACCAGUCAAUACGCUGGGUCCAGAGUGAAAGCCCUCAUACAUAUACUACAACAUCAACUAGACCAGCAAGAGCUGGUCCGAGAGUUCAUGGCCUUGGAGCAUCUAAAGCCGUCUGAUAACUGUCUAGUGGGGAAAGCUCCGGAGAACCGGGAGAAGAACCGCUACCGUGACAUCCUGCCCUAUGAUAAGACGCGUGUUCCAGUGGGUGAUAACCAGGACUAUAUUAAUGCCAGUUAUAUCCGUAUGGAGGUUGGCAGUGAGGAGUUCAUCUAUAUCUCCUGCCAGGGUCCUCUGCCCUCCACUGUGCCCGACUUCUGGCAGAUGGUCUGGGAGAACAGGUCUGAUGUGAUAGCCAUGAUGACCCAGGAGGUGGAGAGAGGCAGGGUGAAGUGUCACUGCUACUGGCCAGAGAGGGUGAGCUGUCCCCUAGACACGGGACGCUUCCAGCUCAGCCUGGAGAACCAGCAGAUCAAGGAAUACUUCCACAUCAAGAUCAUCCGCAUGGUGGAGAAAGAGUCUGGUGAGACCCACUUUGUCCGUCACCUGAAGUUUAUCCGUUGGCCUGACCACGGUGUGCCGCGCUGUUCAGAGCAGCUGGUCAGAUUUAUCCGCUACCUCCGAGCAGUCCACCAUAAAGGACCUGUCACUGUACACUGUAGUGCUGGGAUAGGACGAACAGGAGUACUGAUCUGCACCGAUGUCAUCCUGAGUCUCAUAGAGAACGAUCUCCCGAUCAACGUCAGUAACAUUGUGAGGGAGAUGAGACUGCAGCGAUAUGGCAUGAUUCAGACUAAGGAACAGUACCUGUUCUGCUACAAGGUAUGGUUGGAGGUUCUACAUCGCAUCCUGCAGCUGCAUGGUAAACAAUGGCAACCAGAGAGCCCCCGCAAACUUAAUACGAGCCCUCGCACACACAGUAACCGAUGGCAACCUGAGAGCCCCCAUGAAGAUAAUCAAUUUGUUUGACCAGUUACUUGCCCCCGCCCGUUAGUUGAUUUUGUUAUGAACACUGUAUAUGUAUGUGUUUUAGCCAAUUCCUCUGUUCGUUUGAUGUCAUGCCGAAACAUGACUAUUCAGAGCUGGCUAAAGCACAUAUAGAUGGGACGACCAGGCUACAGUAUGUUUCUGCACGGUUUUGAUAUUUGGGUUCUCAAUUUAUUGAUGGAGGUAGACAUUUUUACUGUUGAUUCUUUUGUGUUUUUUUUUUGAGAUGGCAGUGACUGAUUAAAAACUUAAUUGAAAUGAGAGAUACUGUGACUACAGUAUUGGUUUGAGUUAGAUCAAUUAUUUGACAGCAUUUAGGGGUUUAGUGACUUUGUCUUCUGUGUUAAGUUAGGAGUGUUUUGGUUGUGUGACUUUUAAAGGGUGUUACUAUUUAAAUUGUUCUAUUUAAUCAUUUCACAUUUUAUUUUAAAGUUAAUGUGUAUAUUUUGCCUAUAAUCAAUUAUAACCUAAAUACAUUUACUAGCACCACAGCACAUCACUAAUCAACAAUGUCACUGCUCAUUGCAAUGCACAGGGUGAGGUGUAUUAUACCAAAAUGUAUAUUAGAAUAUCUUUAAAUAUGUAGCUAAUAUGUAGAGUUAAUGAAAUAUUGUGUUUAAAUAUUGUGAAAUAAGUGCAUGUAAAUCUUGUAUGAGUUUUGUCCAUGACUGAAACCAGAAGUGAAUAGAAUCAAGUGCCUUGGAAAGACUUUGUUUCACCUUCGGAAACCUGAAAACCAGAUUUGAUUGAACAGGACCCUGAGAACACGUGCUCUGUGUGAUUCUGUAAGGAAUCUCUGUCUGAUACUUUCACAGUUUUUUGUUCAUAUUGUGUUGUCCCACAGCUUGGUUUCACUGUAUGUGAAUUAGUGGUGAAACUGUCUUCAUUUUGCAGUCUGUCUACAACCACUGAACAAGUGCUUAGGCGUUUGAAAUGUAAUGGCAGUCAAAUGCACAAAAACAUAUUGUAUUUCUGAAAGCAUUUCUCAUCAUUGUACAGUAACAUCACUAUUGUAGCUGCAGUUUCAGUAGCAUGAUAAUAUACCUCACUGUAACAUACACUACCAGUACAGUGCAACCUUGGUCUGAACACUAUGUAUUACCUCUGACUGUCAUAUAAAAGCUGUUCUCAAAUA